AUGGAAGACGUGUCUACGCUGCCUGUGAGUGCCGGUGCCGCGACGCAUGUCACGACGCCUUUUCCCGUUGACCAUAUGUCCAUCACAACGGAUGAAUUGUCGUCUCUCUUCUCCUUAGCGCGGGGCAGCAAUGCAAACACGCGGCCGCCUCCGUCUACCCCGAAGGAGAUUAAGAAGGCAAUGGAAAAGGUUCAAGCAUUCAAACCGACGCAUCUGAAUGGAUUUCUUCACGGCUACUUGUCUGGCCGCGCGCAGGUCGCCGAAGAGGCUCUCUGCAGCAUUCGUCAACUGGCCGUGAGGUCCAACUGCGACUGGCUUUAUCAGUGUCAGUUGCUCGCACUGCGGCUGCUACUAGCCGAAUUGGAGUCGCGUAGCAGCGGCGUUGUGCCUAAAACGAAACCCGAAGAUUUGCCGCUACUUUCCCAGCUGCGAAGAAGUUUUCCCGAGUAUCAAGGAAAGGCACCGUGCAUUACUUUCAGCAACUGCCAUUUUCUCUUUGUGGGAGAGACGAGCCCUGAGGGCGAAGGGCAAAAUAAAAGUGAUUUUUCUGCCGAGGUUUCCGUGCGGAACCAGGGUGGUUCACGGUGUAGCGUCAAGAUAAGUGAGGUGCACGCCUUUAUUGAUGGUGAGGUGGUUUCAGGCGAGUAUCUUGGCUGUGCACGUAUGGAGGAGCGGAGCAUUCGUUCUGGCGAGGCGACGACGUUUCACUUCAUCCUGAAGCCAAUCCCAAGACGUCAUGUUUCAUUGUUUGAACAGUUGGUUGUGCUUAGUGUCGAUACGUACGUGAAGAUAUUUGUGACAUUUAUUGUAGUGUCAGAAAAACAAAAACCAUUUUGCACAGGCUUUCCCCGGUGUCUCGCUAUUACCGUACGAGAUUCACCUGUUGGCGUGUACACAUGCCCCCUGAUGUUACAGUUGAUAAAGCAUCAAUUUAUUCGCCAACAAGGGCUUACGAGUAAAACGAUAGCUCAUCUGUUGGUCGGGAAGUCUGGGAAUUUUAUUACUCACAACCGUGAAGUCAUGCGGGAGGCGACACGCGUGAAGGAGAUAUUAGAGGAGGAGAUGGAUUUUGCGGAGGUGCUAGCAACGUACCGGUCUUCCUUACCAAAAAAUAAUCGCGGAACUGCAGAGCUGCCUUACUCUUCCGCACAGCCUGCAGGUUACCUCCCCGGUAGUGUGUUGCCGACAGCAGUUGCCGCUGUUUUUAGUAUGUCAUGCUUUCCAAAUGCCGCAACUCGACUCCCUGCAGCUCUUACGAACGCCCAACCUGAUGUUUUGAUGGGCCUGACGUUGAUUUGGUUGGCGGAAUUAGAUGCGACUGUGUUUGAUGCAUCGUUGUUUGCCUGUGAUCCGAUGAAUUACCUGGGAAUGCUUCCUCCCCAUUUGCAGGGUGUGAUCUUUUGGAUUCUUGACCUCUGCGGAGGUCUCCUUAUUCACAGUGGCGUGAAUGGGACGUCGUUAAGACAUUUGGCAUUGACCUUUGCUGCCGUGUUGAUGCGAAAGAAACGUCUGACGGAUGACGCCAAGGCUGAAAGCGUAUUCAAAGAAAGAGUUUUUCACCAGGGCGCGGUAGAACCUUCGGCUGAUACCAUGCUUACAGAUGUCGCUCUUCAUCAGGCUGCCGUCACAGCAUUUGUGCACUGGAUUACGGUUUACCGUGCCUCUUACGAAAGUUACCUUUUACUUUGA